CUACUUGAUAUCAGGUCAUCGUUUCGGAAGCUUUGGAGCCAUCGUGCUUUUGGAUGGGCCAAAGUUCCGAUAAACGCUGAGAAUUCUUCCUCGAACUAUAAACACCGCGUUUUUACAUCGUUUUUUUAUGGACCAAUGCAUUGAAAGUGAAACAUUAUCGCCAAAUUUUCGACUGUAUCAGCCGUAGAUUGGAAUUCAUGGCCGUCGGUUUCUCUAGGGAGAUACUUCUAUGAAUAAUGUACUGAAGCCGUCGAUUCACAUUAACACUGCACCGGUUUGUUACUCCCUGGUUUAAAAUAACCAACGCCUGUACAACAUGAAGGCGUCAACGGUGACAAUUCGUUCAAGGUUACAUCGUAUUGUUUACUUCACAAGGCGUCUGUUUGGUCGGAAGAACCAUCGUGUAAGAAGGACCCGUCGAUUAUCAUAAAGAGAGUAACUUUGUUGAGAAGACAGGCACUCCAUCGUUGAUUUUGACUUUUUUGGAAUUGGAUUUGGAGUUCGUUGGAGUGAACUUCUCUCACCAGCUUUGCUGAAGCAUAUCUCCAAGUUUCUGCACCUAAUUUUCACUAGAUCAUUACGGCGAUUUGAUAGUACUGGCACGUGCACUUCGAUUGGAGUCGAACGAGCUAAAGGUCCAACGAAUGUAUAAUCGUUUUUAAAGGUUUCCAAGACGACGGGGUCAACAGCUCAAAAACGAGCCUAUCUAUCAUUGGUAACGCUCCCCAGGCUUCGAUGUCAUUGCGGCUGGAACAAUUGGAGAUUUUCUUUCACGUAAAUCUGGGGCACAGUUAAUACGGCAUCUUCUUCACUCUACUCCGUAAUCCAGUUAUGAGAAUCGUAAUGUAAUCCAGGUGUCUGAAACCUAAUAAACUACUGGAUCAUGUAGAUCUCCCGUCACUUACGGAUCAAAGGGAUGAAACAUUGCGUAAAAUAUUAGACACAUUGUUUAUGUAGUUCAGGAAUUAGCCGCGGUAUAGCGCUUUACAUAAGGUCCAACGUACAACGGAUGUUAUUCUCGAUUCGUUGUCCUUUAGUUUUUUUAAUCUGACGUUCAACCCACGUGUGUGAACGACGAAAGUAGCGGCAACCUUGCUUAGCUUAUGUCAAAUCCAAAAUAAGACGUGUGGGCCUUUUUUGAUGACGAAAUGCGUAGGCAUUGUCGAAAGUUUUUGCCAAAAAUAGAUUGACGGGGAAGCCGCGAUUGCGUCACAUGGCUCCAUAUCGUACCGGAUAUUUGUGUUUUGCCGAGUGAUGUCUUAGUUGCGGUGACGACGUCAACCAUUCACAUCUCAGCUUUACUUUCUUAGGAGUUCAAUGUGUAGAACCAUGACAACAGUAGUAUGUCACAAAGCCUAGGUUCCCUUGGUAACGAAUAUAACACUCCGUAGGUAUAUAGGCGCACCAUGUGCGACUGGUGAGGCAACGAGGAAGGGAUUUAAUGGGAAUCACUCUGAGACAGUGCUCAGAACGAGUACAGUAUCAAGCGGAACAGUUCACGUAGAACCACUGUCUUACCGGAAAGUGAUUUUAAAGACAAUUCGAUACUAGAAAGGAAGUUUAAGGACAAUGUGAUACCAGAAAGAGAUUCCAGGACAAUUUGAUACUAGAAACGGUUUUCUGAGGACUGGUUGAUACUAAAAGGAACAAAUAAGGACAAUUUUCAUCAGUCGCAUGGAAACUGCAGUAUAGACACAUAUCUUUUAAAUUCAUCAUCACAUUGACAUUGUUUGAAUGGAAUGGAGAAACCAGGACAUGAGCACGAAUAUGGUCUCUCUCUCCUUAUCGUAGCCGACUCUCACUAUAAUGCCGUAGAUUAACGAAGUCUUAAAGGAGGACAUUUCAAAUUUUACACGAGCAUUUCGAUCGUCUGGUCUGUGUUGCAAGUCAAAAUCCUAUUCGGAAAAAUGUGCCCUUUAGAAAUGGGAAAAAAGCGAGACCAUCUGAAUUAAUUUCUAUUCGAUUCAUCCAAUUUUCUUCAUUGAUUCCUUUCCCCGAACGAGCGACAAACUACUUCACUUAAUCAGGAAAAAGCUGACAGGUCCUAACGACGAUCACGUGAUACCAUCACCUCAGCAGGCGAUUUUCCGGAGGGAAAUCAACCAGAAUAGAGAAACACGCGAAUAAUCCCACGGCGCUCGUUCUCCAUUUGGAGCAAUCGGGUCUUGAUCCUGAGACGCUGUCACACUGCUACAGGGACGUGUUCUAAUUAUAGGUUUAUAUAGAGGGUUUAUUAGGGGAGGUCAAGAUCGGUAGUAGGGUACCAAAUCUACUACAUUCAAAGCUUAGAAUAUUAUGUUAUUUCUUCAGUCAAGUUGGUCACAAACUGAGGAAUAUCUAUGUACUUGCAAUUUACCGAGGUGAGAUUUCAAGGAUAGAAAUCACUUCAUAGCUUUUUCAGGAAUGGAUUGUUUUCAGGGAGAUGGCUUGGAAAGUUCUGAUUAGUUCGGAAUAUGGCAUGGUUUUCUUACGGAUUAAUUAUCAUUGAAAUCGUAAUGUGUUACAUUCAGUGCAUUCAGUACGAUACAUUUUCUUGAUACAAAGGAGAUAGCUCAAUUACUACAGAAAGUAUUACUAUUUCAAAUCAAUCAAAUCGGUUUGUCAUUCCGUGUGAUCGAUUGGUUUAGUCUGGUGUCUGAUGACAACCGCCUUCUAUAUUCAAAAGCUAUAACUAGGGUGAAGUGACAUUUCCUUAGUCUUCCACAAUGAUGGAGCCCACGAAUAAUAAUUCCUCGGGACUUGUGGGGGAGCCACCGUCGUAUAAUCUCGCCUGUCAUAUCCCACCAGAAGUAAACAAAAACGGCCUCCCUCGCGAGAACUUUGUGAAUACCACAGAUAGUGCAGGGAGUGGCCAGGCAUCACCGAGCAGCUAUCCUUCGCCUACCCCACCGCCACCUGCUGCUUUCUUAUCCCCGGAACCCGCACUCCACCUACAGGAAUCGGUGCUCACUAAACCGGAAAGUGUCAUCAGUGGGAAACGCCAGGACGCUAUAAUCAAAGCUGAUAACUUGCGGGAACACUCUCAACCUGGGACCCCACAGUGUCGCUGGUCUUUUUCCAGUGAUCAACCGAUCAAUUUCAACUCUGAUGACGAGAGCUUUCCACCCCCUCCUCCGGAAUUCAUGAGCGAGGAUGCGUUCCCGAAAAUACAAUUUUCUUACUCAACCGACUCUGACAAUAAUCAGAAAAAGGAGGAAAUACGUAAAAAUCGUCGGCCGCUUAAAAAUAAACAUCGACGUGUCGAAUCACUAAGUCCGGUCCCUGCAAGUCAGGAGUCGUACAAAUCUACGUCGCCAGAAGGAGCGAGUUCUGCGCAGUCGAACGAUUCUGCGUCAACGAACCUUGCAUCCGGAAGUGAUAUUCACCUUCGGCCCCCUAGCGACAGGCCUGGAAAGACAACCGAUAAAGGCCAGUUAAAACGGAUGAAGCCUUAUGCUUCCCCGAUGUUACCAAAGGACAUUAAAUUCAAGAGUCUAGAGGUGUCCUCUUACGAUGACGAUUCUGUGCCGGGCUCUGAACACGACAUGGAAACGGAUCAUGACGAUGUACAUACGCCGCUCUUACAAGAUGGCGCUGGUAGUCCAGCUAAAAUAUCCAAUCUCUCCACACUCUCUGGCGGAACUAGGAACUCGUACCCAGGAAUGGCAACAGAAGACCGAAUGCGCAAUUACACGCUUGGCACUGAUGUUCGACUUCCGUUGCUGAAGAUAAGUUCGGAUCCACGAGAAUCUCGUAAAUCACGCGAUAGACUCAAUAAACAGGAUAGCAAGUCGGACACCAGGUCUUCCAAUGAACUCUAUGACGUCAGGUUAGACCGGGACGGGUCAUAUCCGGCGGAAGCGGAAAUCACUGUUUCUAAUGACGAUCUUUCUGUUUCUAAUCCCGAUAUUCCAAACGCAGUGCAUACAGGCAACGCAAUUGGUUACGCGGAUUCAUGUGACUCGGACUCGAGGCGUGUUGGCCUCGCCAACAACAAACGGAAUACUCCCGGGAACUCCACCUGGCGGCCUGGAGAAACUGAGGACCCAGACGCCGUGGACACUAUGCCUAAAGAGCGCAAGAAAUCAAGGCUAAAGAAGCCCUUCCGUAGUAGGAGCUAUCCAAUAUGUAUAGCCGUUUCGUUUACAACUAUGUUAUGCAUAAACCCGCCUAUAGGUGUCGUAGCUGUGUUUUUAUCUUAUCUCUCUUGGAAGGCGUACGAUAAAGGCGAUAAAACGGCGGGAUAUUGCCUGGCGAGGCUGUCGCUGUAUGUCAGCAUUGCUGGUAUAGUCACAACAAUGACGCUGGUCAUCACUAUUCUCUAUCAGACGACUAUAGGCUUUUGAUACUUUAUAAUUUUUAUUUUGCAAAACCGAUUGAGUAUUGAAAGACGUGAUCUAGUUCGUGCUACCUUCACAAGAAUGGUACCCAAGAGAAAAUCGUUCCCCUGGCGAUUGUUUAGGAACCAAUUUACUUAUUUUCCUUAUUCGAGAAAAGUAGGCAUUGUGUCAUUUUCAUCACAUAAUAAUCGUCUGAUUUGCGCCAGACCAAAGACUACGGAGUCGAAGUCUUUACGUUUGCGAUUUUGCUUGUAGAUUUAAUAUUUGAUCAAUAUUAGGACGCCUGUGGAAAACCGCGUAUCAGCUUAAAAAAGUUUUGCCUCCCUCUCAUGAUUUAAUUAACAAUAAUUGUUUAACUCAAAAAGCACUCUCUGUGACAUACCUUUUACACGUUAUCAACAAAAUACUUCAGGAAGCAAAAUUGACCCUUCUGCCAUCUGGUACUUGUUGAAUGAACAAACUAUUAGAUAGCCAAGUUUUCUCUCUGUUGAAAUAUUAUUCAUCAUAUGAUAAUCAUGAUCACACCAACUACAAUUUACAUUGGUAUCUUUCAUGUGCAUUUUUAUCAUUAAGUACCUGCACCAACCAAUUUUGAACCUUAUCAUUGUUUACUUUGAAAUCAACAGUCGACUCACCACGUUAUUACGGGCGAAGCAAGGUCGUAUUGGUGUAAUACACUCUAUCGCGAUCCAAUUCAGAGCAAUAAGGCGUAUAUUGUGAUUGGCGCCAGCUGAAGUGGUUCAUCAGCAAGCCACCUCAUCAGAGUUACCAACAGCCCAGUGCCAGUGAUGACCUCCUCGGAGAUUAGAGACUGCAUUCUUUUCAGUUGUCUUUCUUUAAAGACCCGCAACACACGCACACCUUUUUCCUGUGAUUUGGGUCGUUUUGGCAGUAUGACUUUGUCUAACUUUUUUUAACAUACCGGUAUUGUGUCCAGUCCUAAUAAAAUGUGUUUGAUUUGAAAGUUUGAUUUCCAACUUGUUGUUGAUCUAUAUUUUACAAGUGCCGGAAAAGACUUCAGGCUACCCUUAAUUCAUUUCAAGGUGCGUCCCGCGAGAUCUCGUACAACUGUUGCAAUCUUGUAUAUGAUGCAAAUGAAUUUCAGACCUUAAAACUCUGAAUGAUUUCUGUUGUGUUUACGUCUUCUAUAGUGUAUGCUAUAAGUACGAAGUAACAGCGAAACAAACUGCUGAGAUCGAAUGUUCACUUAAAUUUCUUCUUAAUUUAUAUUUUAGAUGUUUUAAUCAAAUCUCCAACCUUUCACCUAGCGGGAGUAAAAUUAUGCUAUGUCCUAAAAAAUAACGUCCGGAGAACGAAGGAUUCUCUUAAGGUAUUGAUCGACGGUGAUGGUCUCUAGAGAACCAUAAAGCAGAAUACAAUUGGGCUUUACACGAAUCCAGGAGGACAAUUCUACUGCUACUCUCGAACCUCUACUUGAUCAAAGAACUCGUCGUUUUCCAUUAUGAUAAGGACGUACUGCGUAAAACCUGUAGUGCAUGGUGCAUUUGCACACAAUAUUAUGUUGGAUUAAAUACCGCAUGGUUUCACUGGUUUUACUUAUGACUCUGCGGCUGGUUUCAAUUAUUUCGCUUUUGCUUCGUACCACAUUUUUCAUAAAUCAUUUUUAUAAUAUUACUGACUAAUUAUUGUAAAU